AAACAAAUACGAGUGCCUUUUCAUUCGUCACAUUUCAGUUAGAUCGUUCGCGGAAAGGCGGAAGUUCGGAGCUAUGUUGCGAACGGAGCUUUUCCUAUAUUCUGGAGGCUUUCUGGCUUUGACGAUAUCAUUUUGUUCCUUGAAAUAUUCAACAGGCAUCGUUGUAUAAUUCUUUCUCUAAAUUUUUAAAUAAAUACUUAUUCUUGCAUCUAAUUUAAACCUUUCUUAGAAUGUUUCAGAAACUUCGUACCGAUUCUUUCAAUGAAUUGAAUUAUGCGAUUGAAAUCAACACAGGUAAAACCAAUUCUAUAGAUGCACUUGGUAAAAGUGUCAGCCGAGGGGUUCACAACGACAUCACCUUUGUCAACUUUAAGGCCCACAGGUUCUCUUACUUAAACAUCACAAGUCUUGGUACUGAUUACGUCCUCAAUGGAACAGAAUGCGGUUUUGCCUGUUUUAACAUGCCGUCAUGUUUCUCCUAUAACCUGGCUGCAUUUUUGGACAUCAACAGAAGAAUGUUAUGUGAACUUCUCCCAUCUGACAAGUACAAUAACUCGGACAAGUUCGUCAGCAGCCAAUUUUUCCAUCACCUCAGUGUUGCGUCUCCAUGUAUGAGUGGACCGUGCCAGAACGGUGGGACUUGCGUAUCAUUUUACGAGAAGAACAGCUAUGUGUGCCUUUGCGCGAAAGGAUACACAGGAAGUAUUUGCCAAACAGAUAUCGAUGAAUGCGCAAGCCAUCCAUGCAAGAACAAAGGCAUCUGCACAGACCGAGUAAACGGAUUCAACUGCAGCUGCGCACCAGGAUUUACUGGAACACAAUGUGAAACAGAUAUCGAUGACUGCGGAAGUCGUCCCUGUAAGAAUAACGGCAUCUGUACAGACCGACUGAACGGAUUCAACUGCAGCUGUGCACCAGGCUUUAAUGGAACACUAUGCGAAAUCGAUAUCUGCGAAUGUUGUCCCUGUAUGAACAAUGGGACCUGCAACUUCAGCGAUGCACCAGGAUUUAAUGGAACACAAAACGAAACAGUUUAUAUUACAUUUACAACACGUGGACGUAGUGGACGGUUUGGAACUAUUCAGAAAUUCACGGUUCCAAGAACCGCUCGCUACCUUAUCAGAGCUUGGGGAGCCCUGGGAGGAAAACACAUGUACAACUAUGGAUACAAGCCUGGAAAUUACUGUGGCGGCAGGGGUGCGUACAUUGAGGGCAAGUUCAAUCUGACUAAAGGAACAGUGCUGAAUAUUGUGGUCGGACAGAAAGGAGGAAACUCAGUGGAGGUGAAAGGAGGGCAAACCACCAACAAGACAGCAGCUCAGUUAGGACUGUCCGUAGAGGACAAUGCUGGCACGGGAGGAGGGGGAGGGAGCUUUGUUUAUACUACAAGUAAUGUGCUUUUAUUAGCCGCCGGAGGGGGAGGGGGAGCUUCAAGUGGAUAUAACGGUGUGGAUGGUCAAAAGGGAACAAGUGGCACCAGUAGUGUGGGGAAAGUUUUAUCUCAAAUUCGAAAUGGAGGUAUUGGGGGGCAGCCAGGUGAAUGCAACACUGCACGCGCUAGAUAUUAUUAUUAUCAUUAUCAUUAUUAUUAUUAUUAUUAUUAUAUUCACCAUGGGGGAGUAGGUGCGGGUUGGUAUGCUCAGGGGUGUGCCAGGGCAGGGAAACAACAUGGAGAGAGAGGCGGGUCACGUGGUCAAGGCUGGACUGGAGGUCGAGCCGGCAGCAUGAACAGCGGGUACAACGGGGGACCAGUCCCAGGAGCAGUGGGAGGGUUUGGUGGUGGGGGAGGGGGGUCAGAGGAUAAUGGAGCAUCAGGUGGCGGUGGAGGGUACUCUGGUGGAGGCAGUGGUACCCAUGAGAGCCAAGCCGGAGGGGGAGGGGGCUCGUAUUGUGGUGGUCAGGGUUGUUCUGGUGUAACUGGAGGGAACUGCAAUAACGUUGGACUUGUGAAAAUUGUUGAGUUGGCUGCUUAGUAAAAAAACUUGUCGUUUUCCUCGUCGCAAUCCAGAUUGGAAAAAAACAGCUCUCUUGAUUCCAAAUUAUUAACUUUGAAGUGAUUUGUGUUAAGUGGCAAGUAUACUAAUAAUUUUCCCUGGCCAUUCAAUAACUCUCCUCUCGAUAGCCAAACACAUCAGCGAGACUAUUCCUUUUGACUUUUUGUCUUUGUCAGGCUUUUGGUUUUUAAAACUAGACUGCUUGCUUUAGUUAUAUUUGCCCAAGCUUAGGGUCAAUUCAUUUCAACAGUGGAGGCGUUCUUAAGAAAAGCUGGUUGAUAUUACAAUACGGGUGAGAAACCAGAGUAUACUUUCUAGCAUUUUCGGCUCCGGUGUAGAAGACGCAGCAUCCUUGGAAACCCAGGAGCUAUUAGCCGGGACGAAGCGUUAUUGUUGGGCCUAAGUUUACUUCAAGAGCUGAAGAGCACCCUGGGAACUUAUUCUUACCGAACCAGUUCCAGCAGUGGUCGAAUUCCAUCCCGCUGAUUGGCCAAUAAAAUAUUUUUCCGGCCAAUCAGCGAGGAGGUCCAGCCGGGUAAUUCUGUCGCCUUCUUACACAAAGUGGUUUUCUUCAUCGAUCGACCUGCUUGGCCCGUACAGCGGGAAGAUUCUCGUGGAGAGUUCAGAAAAAAAAAGAUUCAACGAAGCCGAGGAAGUCGCAAGCCGUAACAUGGGGGCUGGUUCGGUAAGAAUAAGUUCCCGGGGGUUUUUCAGCUCUUGAGGUAAACUUUCGCCCUAAAAUAUCGUUUCGUCCCGGCUAGUAGCCCCUGGGUAUCCGAGGAUGAAGACGCAGUUAAUGUAGAACCAAAGAGAACAAAAAGUCAAAAGAACAAGGAAAGCAACGAAGACAAUAGAUUUGUGGGCCGGGGGAUGUUCUUUUGAGACGUACACUAUAUCAUCUGCACCAUGAAGGAGCCACAUUUUUGGACAAACUAAAAAAGCUGCUGAUAAUUUUGUAUUUUUUUUUUUUGUCAAAUACAGUAAAGCGGGAUGUAAUUCUAGCCCAUUAUUUUCUUUUUAUGCAGUAAUUCUAAUUUGAUAUUGCUUGGAUAAACCGCUAGAUUUCAUCAGUGCUAAGAGGUAGCGUUUAGUUAACAAAGAUAAGAAGUAUCUAGUGCUUAUAUAAAAUGUAUCAUACUUUCAUGAGGAGAAUUGUCAGUCUCUUGUUGAUUGUGCUAUACUGCUUUGAAAAUUUGAUCUAGCUUCCGAGGCCCUUGAUAAAUUUUUGCAAGCCAGCCCAGGGAGGGUGAUAUCGGAGUAAAUUUGGAAAAAAUUCCUUGGUACCUCACGUAUGAAUAUUGGAAGAUGUACACAGGAAGAUGUAUUAUAAGGGGAGUUUAUUGAAAAAGGGGAAGCUUUCUGGAAAGGGAGCUCUUAUUUGAGGAAAGGUGCUAAAUCGAAUCAUUAUGGUAUACAGUAAUUACUUAAAUCUUUACAGUUAAGGCAUUACUGUAUUUUGUAAUGCUAAAGUAAUAAAGUUAACUUAGUGCGCAAUCGUUGUCAUUAUACUUUGUUCUUGUAUUUUUUUCUGGAUAUACCAUUAUACCAUUUUCCGGAUACACCAUUAUUGUAAGUAAUGUAUGCACUGCAUUGUAACUAAUAUAAGUAGUUUAAGCCUUUGUAUUGUAAGUGACGGAAUUAAUCACAUUGAAUACGAAGUAUUAUAAAUAUUGUAAGUAUAUCUAU